GCCUGCAUAGAUUAGUGAGCCCAGAUAUCGCACUACCAACUUGCCGAGCACCGUAGACAAUUGGCUUGGCAAAAGCCCAAAGAUUUCACUGUCCAGAGCACUUGUUGGUUCCCAAGCCAGUUGAACAGUGGCCAAUUCACGCACAGAUGACGUUGCUGCGGCGAUGCUUUGGACAUCCAAUUUCACCAUGGCGUUUUUUAAUUUCGAAAUAGCUGCUCUUCAUUCGACAAUUCAGCUCUGUGGCAAUGCGAACAUGGAAAAGCGAGAAAAGUGCUGUAGCCUUCAUUGGAAUUGCCGGGUCAUGGAUUCUUUGCUCUGGACCAAUGGAAAGAGUUGCAUCGUGAAGGGGGGGGGGGGGGGUAGGACAAGACCCCUUCAAGAAAUCAGGCCGUUUCACAACGCAGUUGUCUGCUCGCCAGAAGCUGUAGAGUUAAUUACGUCUACGAAGCACAGCAUCCAUCCAAGUACUUGGCAUACCAUUGACGCAAGUUAACACACUUCUGCAAGAGGAGUCUGUCGGAAUCAAGCUCGCCACCAA